CCAACUCGGUGAUCAUUUUCUUUUGAAAACCUUAAUCGUCAUUAUCAAUUGGACUAAUUGACAUAAAAUAUAAAAUUGAUGAUCAAAAUCGAGCUAAUUAAAAUUACAGAGACCAAAAUGAUACAAGCAGAAAAAUGCAGGGACUACCAAUGUAAUUUACCCAUAAACUUAAUCAACAGCAAUAUAUAUUCAAAUAGUUACUAGUAUUCAUUAAAGUUCUUUUUCCUUUUGCUGGACAACAAAAAUGAAUAGACUUAUCAUGUAAAAUUUCCAGUACAGAAACAUCGUUGAGCAAAGUACAGAAAUCAUCCUUGUUACUGGCUUACGAGGUUAAUGCUGUGGGUCCAAUUUUGGUGAUAAAGCACAUGUGGCCUCUCCUAAAGGUUGGAGGAGGGUAUGGGACUGAAAGAGAUGUUGCAGUUGUGGCCAACUUAAGUGCCAGAGUGGGAUCCAUUGGGGAUAAUCGCUUGGGGGGAUGGCACUCAUAUCGAUCUUCUAAGGCUGCACUUAAUCAGUUGACAAAAACUGUGUCAGUGGAAUUUGCACGAAAGAAAGAUCCAAUCAUAUGCCUUCUAUUGCACCCAGGCACAGUGGAUACUGAUCUCUCUAGGCCAUUUCAAAGAAAUAUAGCUGAAGGCAAGCUUUUCACUAAGCAGUUUUCAGUGCAGAAGCUCUUAAGUAUCAUCAAUGGUGCUAAAAGUCAUGAUAAUGGCAAGUUUUUUGCCUGGGAUGGUCAAGAAAUCCCUUGGUAAUAGGUGAAAUCUUUUUAAAUGGAAUUCUUCGAUCAAUUUCUCAAAGUUUCUUUGUCAAAAUCAGAUGAAGAUUCAGUUGAGUGAAUUGUAUGUGAAUUAACUGGCUAUCAAUAGCUCUUGAUGCACAUUUGAAUUUGUUUAUAUGUUUUGUGAGUAGGGUUGUAAAACAAACUAAAUUAUUUGAGCCUAACUUUAAAAUUCGAUUGAGAUUGACUCAUUUUUUAAACUAGUUAAAUUUGAACA